AUGGGCAACAGCUUCCUCUGCCCCGUGCAGACCGAUGGCGACUGGCUUGUCCUGCCACAAAGCGUCAGCUUCGAUUCAAAGUUCGAUGUCGAUGAGGACAAUGUCCUUGGCACCGGCAAGUUCUCCACUGUGUACCUGUGCACGUACCGGGACAACCCUGACCGGCGUUUUGCUCUUAAGGCGAUAACAACCUACACCGGUGACAAGGCUUCGUAUACCCGAAUCGUGGAGGAGAUCGCCAUCAUGAAGGCCAUCAACCAUCACUCCAGCAUCAUCAGACUCAUCGACAUGGACGAGUCCACGCCCAACACAAUCCGAUUGGUCUUGGAGCUCUGUGAAGGUGGUGAGCUGUAUGAUCGCAUCCAGCAGAAGCGCUUCUACUCGGAGCCAGAUUCCAAACUGUUGGUGAAGAACCUCCUCCAGGCGGUGGAGUUCAUCCACGGGAAGGGCAUCAUGCAUCGGGACCUCAAGCCGGAGAACAUUCUCCUGGUGAGCAAGGUCAGCAACACAGACAUCAAGGUCUCCGACUUUGGAUUGGCAAAGCUCUCCCGAGACUUUCCACGCCGACUCCCUCGGUCGACCUCAAUCUGCGGCUCCGACUUCUACCUUGCGCCGGAGGUCAUCAAACAGGAGGAGUAUGGCCGCGAGAUAGACAUCUGGGCUGUCGGGGUGAUCUGCUUUGUUGUCCUCAGUGGUGCGCUGCCUUUCUUCAAUCCAGUGCUUCACAAACUGUAUCGCCAGAUCGUUGAGAGGGAUGUGAGCUUCGCUGACGACCGGUGGCGGGCGGUCUCUGCAGGUGCACAGGACUUCAUCCUGCGUCUACUGCAGGUACGAGCGGGUGAUCGGCUAACAGCCGAGCAGGUGGAGCUUGUUGUGAUCGGACAUUCCUGGGUUAGAAGCAAAUUGCUACUCGGCGCGCCUGCUUCUCUGAGACUCCAUGGCAACAUGACCCAGCUUAGCGCCAUGGCUACAGUGAUGGUUCUUCGACAUUGUUGA